AUCGUACUCUUUCUGAGAAAAAUUGGGUGGCGGAGAAAAGAUGAACUCCCUGGCAGCUUCAAUUUCACCGGGAAAGUGCCUUCCCCGUCCCCUCCGCCAAGCCAAGCCGAACAGCGCCGAGCCCGUCAUCCGUAGCGUCCGCGAGGUGCCCCCUUCUGCCGGAAAAUCUCCAGCUCAGUCUACCCAUGCUGGUCCCCCGCAACUACCACCAUUUUUGCGAGCUCAUGGAAGCGACCCAACAGCUGCUUAUAGCAGAAGGGAAGCAAUUGGAUUCGGCAUGGGCGUCGGGCUCUUCGAUUUCGUCCUCUCAGGGUGGUUGUGGCAGAGUGAAGCGGCCGAGCAGCGGCCUUGUGAGUUGAAAGUGGCUCCUUCGGGGCUCGCCUACUGUGAUAAGGUGGUGGGUUAUGGCGCCGAGGCGGCGAAAGGACAGCUUAUUAAGGCGCAUUACGUCGGGAAACUGGAGAAUGGGAAGGUAUUUGACAGCAGCUAUAAUCGUGGGAAGCCUCUCACUUUCCGUGUUGGUGUUGGAGAGGUUAUCAAGGGCUGGGAUGAAGGCAUCUUAGGUGGUGAGGGCGUUCCUCCAAUGCUUGCCGGUGGCAAGCGGAUACUAAAGCUUCCUCCGGAGCUUGGAUAUGGCAUGAGAGGAGCUGGAUGCAGAGGAGGGUCAUGUAUCAUUCCCCCCAAUUCUGUUCUCUUGUUUGAUGUGGAGUACAUAGGCAAGGCAUAAAAGGAACCGCUUAUCUUGCAAAAGAUGCAAGUUUUUCAGUCCGUGUAUAGAGAGCAGUUUUGCUGUAGAUGUAAGCAUUAUAUGACAGUUUUCUCUCUUUGAGAAGCUCAUGUCCAGAUAACGUAAGACGAACUUUGUUUCCAGAUAUGUGAUUUUUCUUUUUAGGAAUGAAAUUGGUAUUUUUCCGCAACA